UUUCCACACUACCAGCGCUGACAUGUCUGGAGUCAAGAACUUACUUAAAUCACAAUUUCCACGUACAUAUCCUGGAUUCACCAUCAAACCAAAAGCAUAUUGACCAAGUCGAUUACUACUUCAAACCUUGUAUCCUGAAAUUCUCUCGUGCUCCAACGCCUUGACCACCCUCCAGCCUCCAACAUGAAGGAAAUGUGGGAGACACUCAAGCAGUACUUCGGGGACGGCUAUAUCCCUGGAUCUGCUCCGCUGCGCUACAAUCUCCACGUCUGCACCAUGAAACAAGUCCCAGCCAAAAACGACAGCAUUCGUUACGGAGUGGAGAUCAGCGAGGAGGCUAUGCCUUUAUUUUCCGUUCUGGGAGAUACUUGUGCACCGCCCUGUUCAUGCCAGGAUAUCACGGGCGUGAUUCAACAUAUCGACAAGUAUCUCGAGAACGCGCCGGUCCGUCACGUCGACGACAACACAAUCACCAGUGAGAAGGGCGACGUGGACGUUGACCAAGUAUCCUUGUACAUCAUGCGCGACACUCUCAGCUGGUGGGUGCAUUGGGGUGGAUCAUUGCAGCCCACCAACUACUGGAAAUUGAUCUACGUUGCAUUCGCUGCCAUUCCAGACGAUGUGCAAGUCCAUCCCAGAGACUUCAUUGACGGCACUUUCCGUUUUCUCGGACACACUUGGGCUGAUUGCCGUGACGGGCUGCUGGCUGAGGGCGUCCCCUCAAAUCAAGUCAAGCUCGCGGAGAUGACUCUCUGGCGCCAGAUGGUCACCCAGUAUCUGGAGAAGGUUGACCCUGGACUGCGCCCGUUGCUCGUUUCCAAAACGAGCCUGAUGACUCAGUAUCGAGUCAUGACUGCAAACACACUUGGUUGUGCCGCACUGCUGUUGGCGAGUGAGGGAGUUGUAUCUGGAGGUAUGGACGACAACGCUCUUGAAAUGGCUUCAACAGCCCAGUGCUUGAGCAUGGACAUGGCCAAAGAAGCCAUGGGGGUGCUGGAAGGCGAGAAGACUGAAACGGUGGCAGGAAACAGGAAACAGCUGAAGAGAGAGUUACGCUGGGUGUAUGUGAGGUGCAUGCAAUAUUUGGAAACCCAACCGCAUGCGUACUUGUUGAGGCGAUACGCCUCCUCAGGUCUGCACUACGUUCCUAUGAUGGACCGGUAUCUUGAGCGUGUUCGGGGCAAUAUUCGGUUCCCGAUUCGGGAGGCGGUCGCUCGCCUUCUUGAGCCUUUCAUCAAACGGGAGCCAGUGAUGAACAGGGUAAAAGAAAAUGGACACUUCGCCGCCGAGACCGUUCACAAGCCUAUCGAUGUAGUAGCCUAGGUGCUCUUUCAGAUUCUUUUCCAAGGUUCCAGCACGUAGUUAUUCAACACUCGUUCUCAAUAUACAUAUACGAGAAAAUGGUCUAUUCCAAGUCUUCAUGGAUUCCCUUCCUCUCUACAAUCAAGGCGCAAAAAGUUCAUGUGAUGAUUCAUCCUUGAAACCUGUCGCUACCGGUAUAUUUGCCAGAGCUGUAAUGAACGAUAAAUAGAGCAAUCAAUUUCAAACUACGUAGAUCAAAUGUAGAUCCUUACUCGCAAAUUGAAGAUCUUUCUUUUAUCGAAAGUUAGAGACAC